UUAAACCUUCACAAAUGGAAUACAGAGUAUUUUCAGUUCCUUUCUUUGCGUUUUUCGUUCCUCUCCUUCUGUUUCCUCUGAGAAUCGUCUGUGCAGAUCUGAGCUACAAUAUUCCGGAAGAAACGAAGCGCCAGUAUGUGAUUGGAAAUAUAGCCAAGGAUCUCAGGAUGGAUGUGAAACAAUUAUCUGCUCGUAAAGCUCGGAUAGACACGGAGGACAGCAGCAAACGGUAUUGUGGUAUUAAUCUGAAUACUGGUGAUUUAAUCGUGGCAGAGACAAUAGACCGAGAAGAGCUUUGUGGUUCUCGAAUGUCCUGCAUUCUCAGUUAUGAGCUCGUCCUGGAAAACCCUCUUGAAGUGCACCGAAUAAUUUUGCAAAUUCAGGAUAUAAAUGACAACGCGCCACGAUUUCCAAAUGAGCGUAUUAACUUUGAAAUCACAGAAUCAGCAGUUAAAGGCCAGCGAUUCCGUUUGGAUGAAGCUCAUGACUCAGAUAUUGGACAUAACGCGGUCAAUGGAUAUUCACUGGAGAGAAACAAGCAUUUUGUUUUGAAUGUUCAUGAUAGUGCAGAUGGAGGGAAAUACGCAGAACUCGUGUUGGAAAAGGAGCUGGAUCGUGAACAGCAGAAGGAGAUAGAUAUGAUCCUCACAGCCACUGAUGGUGGUUCACCGCAGAGAUCUGGCACUGCUGUCAUACACAUCACUGUUCUAGAUGCCAAUGAUAAUGUCCCAGUAUUUAGUCAGUCUGUUUAUAAGGUCACUCUGGCUGAAAAUACACCUUCAGGGACAGAAAUAAUCAGAGUGAGCGCCACUGAUGCUGAUGAAGGUCCAAACAGGGAGGUGACGUAUGAAUUCAGCAGAAUUUCAGAUAAAACUGCAAGAUUGUUUUCUAUUUAUAAAAUAACAGGACAAAUUGUGGUGAUUGGAGAAAUUGAUUAUGAAAAUGAAAGGAACUAUGAAGUUGGAAUUCAAGCAAAAGAUGCAUCUGGAUUGGCAUCAACUGCUAAAGUUAUCAUAGAUAUAACUGAUGUUAAUGAUAAUCCUCCUAGAAUCAUCCUUAAAUCUUUGAAUAACCCGAUACCUGAAAACUCUGAUCCAGGGACUGAAGUGGGAAUCAUUAAUGUUCAAGACAAAGACUCAGGAGAAAACCGACAGAUUCGUUGCUCUGUUCAGCAAAAUGUUCCUUUCAAACUGAACCCAUCUGUAAAAAACUAUUUCUCUCUAGUAACUACAAAAGCUCUAGACCGAGAGAAAGAAUCUAAUUACAACAUUACCAUCACAACCACAGAUGGAGGAUCUCCACCAUUAUCCACAUCCAUGACAAUUCAUUUAUUUGUCUCAGAUGUGAAUGACAAUCCUCCUGUAUUUGAGCAGCAGACAUACAGUGCUUAUAUAAGUGAAAAUAACAAACCAGGCACUUCUGUUUGUUCUGUCAGUGCAAAUGACCCAGACUGGAGACAGAACGGGACUGUACUGUACUCUCUGGUACCCAGUGAAGUCAAUGGGGUCCCAGUGUCCUCAUUUCUGUCUGUUAAUGGAGAUACAGGGGUGAUUCAUGCUGUAAGAUCAUUUGACUAUGAGCAGUUCAGAAACUUCAGUGUCAAAGUUGUUGCCAGAGACAAUGGUUCUCCUCCGCUCAGCAGUAACGUGACUGUGAAAGUCUUCAUAACAGAUGAGAAUGAUAACUCUCCUCAGAUAUUAUACCCUGUUCCAGAUGGAAAGUCUUUAAUGACUGAAAUGGUCCCUAAAGCGACUCUCUCGGGCUCUCUGGUCUCCAAGGUGAUCGCUGUAGAUGCUGACUCUGGACAGAACGCAUGGCUGUCCUAUCAGAUCUUGAAAUCUACUGAUCCGGGACUUUUCUCCAUUGGUCUCCAUAGUGGAGAGAUCAAAACACAACGAGACAUUUCUGAAUCUGACAAUAUGAAGCAGAACCUUGUUAUUUCAGUGAAGGAUAACGGUCAGCCCUCUCUGUCUACAACCUGUGCUGUGAAUUUACUCAUUUCUGACAACCUUUCUGAAGUUCCUGAACUUAAAGAUAUGACUUAUGAGGACAACAACUCUAAAUUAACAUCAUACUUGAUCAUUGCAUUAGUUUCCGUGUGCACCUUCUUCCUGACGUUCAUCAUACUGAUGUUGGCAGUGAAGUUUUGUCACAGGAGAAAGCCCAGACUGUUGUUUGAUGGAGCAGUUGCUGUUCCCAGCGCCUAUCUGCCUCCCAACUAUGCAGAGGGGGAUGGAGCAGGAACUCUCCGCAGCUCUUACAACUAUGAUGCGUAUCUAACCACAGGCUCGCGCACAAGUGACUUCAAGUUUGUGAGAUCGUAUAAUGAAAACACGCUUCCUGCUGGUGGGACUCUGAAAAAGGAAGACAAUAUUCAGUUUGGCUCGAGCAUGAUAACUCUAGAUGUUACAGGAAUUGAAGAUGAGGUAAGAGAGGCUUAA